AUGUCCUCCGACUCUGUUGAUGCCGCCGACUUCUCCAUGUCACAACUCUCUCUUCAUUCAAACAGUUCACAAAGCGAGGACUGGGACCGCUCCCUCAUCAUAAACGAAAAGGACAUAGGGAAUGAUGCAAAAACACCGCGUAAUUCCGUCGCGUUCCCCGCAGACGGUGAAGUUUAUGCAACUCCGACAGGACCGACUGGAACGAAAGGGAAGAGGUCCUUGAGUGAGCUUUUGAGGCUCCAUGCAGAGAAGGGAACAGAAUGUCGGUUCAGUCCAGAGGAAGCAACGAGAGUGGCGGAGGUCCUUGGACAAUGGAUUAAUGCAUCAUCAUCACCUUAUGAAGACGAGGAUGAUUUCUUUUCCAAGGGAUCACAAGAUGAUUUAUCUUUACCAAAACGCUCUCCGUCUGCGCUAUCAAAUAGUCGCUCGAGAGGCCACAGCGAGAGCGCAAAUUCGCGUCCUCCUAGUUCCGCAGGAAAACGUUCGUAG